AUGUCUCAAGAAAUUAUCAAGAAGCUUUGUCAGUUUUAUAUCUUUAAAGAGAAAGUCAAUGUCAUUUGGUAUGCUCUUUAUAAAGGCAAUCUUAGAGCUGCUACCAAGUUUGAUUUAGAUAAGACUCAA